AUGCAUUGCUUCAAAGCGAUCCCAAAUAUUAGGCCCUCUAAACGUCUGAUGAAUGCAGGAAAGGAUACUGCUAUGAAGUGCAGUAAACAGACUAACGAAAGGCGAAUCUCCGUAGCGCGCAGAAGAAAAGCAAGAAAGCAUAACCCAGAAUGCAAGUAUAUCGAUUUUCCAGAGCUAUUGUUUGUAUGUGAAACAGUCAACGCACGCAAAUUCUCGAAGAAGUCCGAGUCUAUAUGGUGUGGCGGUGAAUAUGUAUUCUUCUCAGCAAACGAUAUAUUUGUUAACGUGGUGCUUGCACCUACCAGAUGCCUGGAAACCGUGGUUUGCUCGUUCGCAUCCCAUUUUUUUGAAGCUGUCAGGAGCAUACUUUCCGGAGGAGCCGCAAAGAAUUCCGUCUUUUAUGGUAGAAAUAAUAUCAACUAG